AGCCUCCUGCCUAGCAUCUCUCCUUGCUGCACCCACCAGCUUGGUUUCAUACUGCUCCAUAGGAGUUUCCACUGACUCUGCAGCUCCCUCCUUCACAUGUGGGUCUCAGGAGACAGAGCAAGCUCCAAGAAAUGCCCUCAGGCAUGCUCUGGAUUUGUAUCUCUGUCCUCAGCCAGGCUUUCCUCCCCCCAUGUCCAUGUGACAGGCAGCUGCCUGUUCAGGAUAUGAAUAUAAUCCCCUUCUGCUGGAGACACCUCUGAGCCUUCCCCUUUCAUUCCAUUUGCAUUUCAGGUUUCCAAGUUGCAAUGGGACCUUUUGACAACCACUUGAACUAUGUUUACAUAGGGUUUGUGCUCCUGGUAAGCCCCCAGGCCUUGCCAAGCUGAUGGAAUCGAUUUUGCCAUCAGGGAUCUCAGUGGUGGCCCUGGCCCACCAGCUGCUGAGGAGGGACAGUGACCCAAUGUGGCAGCAGUCCCCAGCCCAGGCGUUUCUUGCCUGCCUGUCUGUCCUUCCCAUGGCGGCACCACGCGCUGUGGGGGUGUGUUGGGGUGGAAGUGGGAAACGUGUUUAUUUUUGUUCGUCUCCUGGCUCGUGCCGCUCUGAGUUUGUGGCACUCGGUAUUACUAACACUUCCCAGUGCCAGCUGGCAGCAGGGGAUGAAUCAGAUUGGCAGCACCACAGUGUGGACCCUCCGCUGGCCAGAGCUUAGAGCGAUGCCUGUGGCCAAAGUGCUGGUGAUGUCUCCUGCCCCUGUCCAGGGUGAGCCCCAACCAAGUGCUAGAGGCUUGACCUUGCUGGUGGAGACAUCUCAGUACGCUGUGGGACAGGGUUGUCCCCUCUGACUCAUGCUACCUGCCCGGCUGGAUCGUCCCUGUCCUUCCUUUACGUUGGAGGUCUCAGGGGGCUUCAUGAGCUGCUCUCUGCUCACUGGCAACAUCCCCAAGCUGGGGUCAGCUUUACAGCCAGGAGGACAACUUACCCUCAUGUUGCCAAAAACACCUUUUGCAGCUGUUGUGGUUUAACCCCAGCAGGCAACUUAGGUAUCACUCAGCCCCUCUCUCCCUCUCACUGCCCCCAGCCACAGCGGGGAGGGGAAUCGAAAAGGUAAACUUCAUGGGUUGAAAUAAGAAUAAUUUAAUAAUUGAAACAAAAUAUAACAAUAUUAAAUAUGUUAAUGAUAUUAAUAUUAUGACCAUCAACAACAACAAUAAUAGCAGAAAUAGUAAUAAUAAGCUCAGAGAGAGAGAAUAACAGGACCCAACAGAAACAAGCGAUGCACAGCCUCAUUACUCACCACCCAAUGGCUGAUGCCCAGCACGUCCCCAGGCAUUCGUCAACCCCUUCAGUUAAAUCUCCCACUUAAAUUCUGGGCAUGAUGUUCUGUGGCAUGGAAUAUCCCUUUGGCUAGUUUGGACCAGCUGUUCUGGCCAUGCUCCCUCCUGGAUUCGUGUGCAGCUCCUCAGUGGCAGAACAUGGGCAGCUGAGAAGUCCUUGUCUUGGAGUAAGCCACAACUUUACAACAACUCUGACAUGUCUGUGUUAUCAGCAUUAUUCUCAUACUAAAUCCAGCACUGUGCUGGCUACUAUGAAGAAAAUUAAUGCAGUCCUAGACAGAAUCAGGACAGCAGUUGAUUGCUUCCUCCCCCUUCCCUGCUUCUGACAACUCAGCACACAUGGAAUUUGACAUCAUAGACCUUGGAAUGCUGGUGGUUCCAGUUGUCCUCAGAACCAAGAUGCAGAGGUAUAUGGCUCUCCUCUCCCUCCUGAACAUCCUGAUGUUCUAAACAGAGGGAUUUUGGUGGCCAAAACAAGCAUUGCUGAAGCUGCAGAAGGUGGCACACCGCUUGUCAGUGUCAACAGCCUGCAUGGCCUGCACUCCAGGAGGACAAUUUGGAUUCUCCUGCCUACUGCAGCUGAGAGCAUCCUGAAAAAUGUCGCAGCCACUUCGCGUCUUUGGGUUAAUGAUGAUGGUUUACCCAGAAUCUCAAGGGUUGCAAGGUGAUGACGAUGCUGAUGGUGAUGAUGGUAACAGUGAAGAAUCAGGGAACUCCUGCCAUUCUGAACUUCCUUCACCCUUGUGCAAGAGCAGUGACAGCACAGAUGAAAAUCAGACAGAGGAUCUGGGAGAACCGACAUUCUUCCCAACUCCUGGGCACUCUUACAUGGUAAAAGAUAAACAGGUGGGGUUGGCCAAGCAUGCGCUGGAGAUGGAGGAGGAAGAUCAGGAGUUUCAAGAACCAUUUUACAAAGACAUGGGAGUGUCUGAUAGCUUGCCUGGAGAUGAGGAGCCCAGACUGACCUACCACUUUCCUGGGCAUCAGAGGUUGCCUGCUCUCCAAAAGGCCGGUACAGCACCAAGUGGCUUCCAUAAUUCUUUCCAGCACAGCUCAGGCCAGCACCUGGGGACAGAGGCCAUUGCCACACAGGCCCAUGCCAGUGACCACUACGUGGGACGCCCAGAGAGCACCACGGGAACGGAGCCCCACGUGCUGUGCGAGGAGGAUGGCAAGGACAGCGAGGACAGUGAGGACAGUGAGGACAGCGAGGACAGCAAGGACGGAGAGUCCCUGUCCCUCCAGCCGACCUACAACUUGCUGUGGCAGGAGAACAGCAUGCUCAGGUCGGAGAACGAAAUGCUCAGGAAUGCGAAUGUCGCGCUCACGUCGGUGAACUUUACACUCAGGCAGGCGUUCAAAGAGCUCAAGAAGGACAGGGCUGUGUUCAUGGGGGAUGACAUCGUGCUCAGGGAGGAAUACGGCGUGCUCAGGGAACAGUAUGACAGGCUCGAGAGUGAGAAUGCUGCACUCAGGAAGGACAAUGCCAUGGUCAGGAGAAUGUUUGACACCUUCCAGAACACCUUGAAGAGACAGGCGUGCGUGGUGGUGAGCCUGCAGGAUCAGCUGAAGACCAGCCAGGCUGAACGAGAGAGGGAAGCCCAAGAGCUCCAGUCCUUAGUCCAGGAGACUGAGCGUCAUCUUCAGCUAAUGACCCAGCGGGCUCUGAAUGCCGAAACAAAUGUGGAGAGGCUGAAGCAGAAGAUAUUUAUUCUCCAAGGACAGCUGGAGAGAUAUAAGCUGGAGAAUGAAAACCUGAGACAGACUGGCCUGGAAGCAGUAAAGCACAACUUAGACUUCACCAGGUUAAACCCCCACGAGCUCAUAAUGGACAAAAAUGCCUCCCUCAGGCAGUUCUCGCCUCAGAAAUGCUGCCCAUUGUUACUGAGGUCCUUGAAUCCACCAGAAAAAUUCUCAAAUUUUAAGGAGAGAAGGAUUUUGUGAGUACGGUUCUGUGUGAGUUCCACGGAUCCAUGCACGGUCCAAGACCAUUGUUCUCCCCUUUGUAACCAUUUACUGCAAAUAAAAGCAUUUACUUUCCCAUUCUCAAA